AUGGUAGACGAAGGUUCUGCCAUAUCAUUGAUCGAAGAUAACGUAGCAAGCCGCUUGGGUCUCAAAGGUAGGAGACAGCCACUAACGCUUCAAUGGUAUGGCCAGAAGUGCACAACCGAGAAGUCAUCGAAAGUCAGCCUUGAGAUAAGAGGCAAAGGUUCGCCAUCAACAUACAGUCUGCGCAAUGUAUGCACCCUACGUAGCCUUGAUUUGCCAGCGCAGUCGUUUACAAAAGCCGAUUAUGCCCACUUUGAGUUUUUGCCGAUAGAGGACUACAGCCAAGUCAAGCCGUCGUUGCUGUUGGGCCUUGAUAAUACGUCGUUAAGCGUGCCGUCUACGACUGUACAAGCCAACAGUCAAAGCCCAGUAGCCAUUUGUACCAAACUUGGUUGGAUAGCUUACGGCCCAACCAGUUUGUCGCCACAAACACCAGUCGUACUACAUGUCCGCGAGCGAAAGCGCCCAGCCACACUAAACGAACUUGUCAGCGAAUAUUUUGCCGCUGACAACUUUGGAGUAGGUGAGUCGCUCAAGCAGAUUGAGUCUGAGGAGGAUCAGAUGGCCCGCCAGAUGCUGGAAUACAACACUCGCCGCGUGGGUAAGCGUUUUGAGAGCGCACUUUUGUGGAGAAGCAUUCCACCAGCACUUCCUAACAGUUACGACAUGGCCUACAAGCGACUGUUAGGAAUAGAACGUAAAAUGAGAGUCGAUUCCAGUUUUGCCGCCAAGUAUAAGGAGGAAAUCACUAAAUAUCUGCGCAAUGGUCAUGCCAGAAAGCUGUCCGACGAAGAAGUAUGUAUAAAAACAGAUUUUAAAUGGUAUUUACCGCAUGUUGCAGUUCAUAACCCGCCCAAGCCUGAGAAGAAGGAGAUCGUAUUCGAUGCAGCCGCCCAAGUCAAUGGCGUAGCAUUGAACUCCGCUUUGCUCAAGGGACCUGAGCACGCCAAGCCAUUAUUGAACAUUUUAUUUAAGUUUCGCGAAGGCGCUGUUGCAGUCGCAGCAGAUAUUCGUGAGAUGUUUUCUCAAGUUGUUGUAAAAGAGCGAGAUCAACAUGCCCAAAGAUUCCUAUGGCGUGAUGGAAACAGUGAUCGUCCAGUGGAACACUACGUAAUGCAGUCAAUGGUCUUCGGAGCCAUAUGCUCGCCGUGCAUAGCAGAAUUUGUGAAAAAUAAAAACGCCGAAGAUUUUCGUCAACAGUAUCCUGAAGCCGUUACAGCCAUAGUCGAAAGUCACUAUGUCGACGAUUUUGUCGCUAGUUUUAAGAACGAGCGAGACGCCGAACGCAUUUGCAGGGAGGUCGUGUAUAUUCAUUCGGAAGGGGGGUUCCAACUGCGAUCAUUUGUCUCAAACAUCAAGCAGCUGCAAGAUAGCCUGAAUAAAGAGCCAACAACGUCACAGUCUGUGAACUUAGAAAGCCGUGCGAACUACGAGAAGGUAUUAGGAAUGCGUUGGAACACGGUGACAGAUUCCUUUGAGUUUCAGCUCAAUUUUCACCGGGUUUCUAAAGCCGUAUUAGAAGGAGUUCGUCCACCAACCAAGCGCGAACUUCUCAGCAUACUCAUGUCAGUGUUCGAUCCGUUUGGAAUACUUGCCGACUUUCUACUGUUUGCCAAAAUAUUAGUUCAAGAGGUGUGGAAGAGUUCCAUCGAGUGGGACGAAGUGAUCCCGAAUAGUUUGCAUCACAAAUGGUUUGCCUGGUGGAGUGAGCUCAGACAGGUUAGUAAUGUGCAAGUCAGGCGUUGGUAUUCGCCUCAGCUUCAAGCUGCAGUAUCAAUUCAACUACACGUAGUAGUAGACGCCAGUCAAGCAGCAUUUGCCGCCGCUGCUUAUUUUCGUGUCGCCAGCGCCGAAGGUUGUGAUGUCACCUUUGCGGCAGGAAAAACCAGAGGCGCACCGCAGAAGCUGUUAUCGGUGCCGUGGCUUGAACUGCAAGCCGCAGUUUUAGGCGCCCGACUCGCGAAUCUAGUCUGCCAAGGCCACAGUAUUCAAGCCAGCCAAAUAUUCUUCUGGUCAGACUCACAAACGCUGAUACAGUGGGUCAAUUCGAAAGAGCGAAAAUUUAAACCGUACGUUGGUCACCGCAUCGCAGAGAUAUUGUCAUCAACCAAACCUCCACAAUGGCGUUGGAUACCCACCGACAAAAAUACAACGGAUGUCGCUACGCGUCCGACGUGGCCACCCAAGAUCGAACUGCCUAGUCCAUGGUUGCGUGGUCCAGAGUUUUUGCGAUUUCCGGUCGACAGUUGGCCAGCCACAACUUGUACACAUAUGCCAGAUCUGCUAGAGGAAGAAAUCAAGCCUUGCCUUUACAUACACAACGAGAUGAAACGGAUGACAGCCUGGGUCCUGCGAGCUGCCGACAAGUUUCUACAAUUACAGCGUAACUACGAAAAUGACGAUGAGGCCAGCCAAAGUUCAGCAUUAACCGCAGUUGAACUUGACAAAGCCGAGAAAUACAUCGUCAAAGCAGUACAGCAUGAAGUCUACAAUGAAGAGGUAGCAGCACUAAGCAGGGGCGAACAACUUCACAAACAAAGCAGUAUUAGGACGCUAACGCCGUACCUUGACAGCGAUCGUGUUAUGAGGAUUCAAGGGCGCUUAGACGAAGCCAUGGUUUUGCCCAUAGAGACAAGGAGACCGAUUUUGAUGCCGUCCAAACACAUCGUCUCCGAGCUCAUAAUGCGCCAGUAUCACGAAAAGCAACACCACCAGAAUUUCUCAGUAACGUUGUACGAAGCCCGCCAAAAGUUUUGGUUUACGCACGCCAGAUCAUUGUUAAAAACUGUACAACGUACUUGCGUAAAGUGCCGCAUCGACAGAGCUAAACCGACACCGCCGCCGAUGGGUCAGUUACCGGAGGAUCGCGUCACCCCUUAUGUCAGACCGUUCACGUACACGGGCGUAGAUCUGUUUGGCCCAUUUAACGUGACAAUAGGUCGUCGACGUGAGAAGCGAUGGGCAAUCGAGGAACUCAUACAGGAGUUGGAGAAGCGAAAGUUAGCAACCUCCGGAAGGAAAGUAGAGUUAAUAUCACGGCUGCGAGAGGCUAUGGAAAAGGAAGGUAUCGACGUUGACAAAUACGACUUCCAUCGUGAGGACGAUACGACGUCAACGAAGGACGAACAGAAGGAUGAGGCUGAUUGUUNCAAGGAUGGCGACAAACCAGGCAGGACUAGCGUUGUGAAACAUUGCAUUAAUACUGGCGAUGCAAGGCCAAUCCGUCAAGCUCCUCGGAGUGUUCCACUUGCCAAACGUGAAAGUNCAUCAACAGGUAUGGACAUGAACACGUUAUUGGCUGCCGUGUCACAGCUGAUGCAGGAACAGAGGUCGCAGUUGUCGUCAGACGUUUCCUCACAGAUGCAAGCCUUGGAGACACGUAUAUCUUCAGAGGUAUCAGCGCAAGUGUCAUCGCAGGUGUCAUCCCGGUUAGAAACUCAGCUACAGGCACAGGAGGCACGCAUAUCAUCACAGCUGGAAGCACAGGAUGAAAAAAUUACACAAAUACAGGACAAACUUGAAGAGAGACUGGAGAAAGUCGAAGCAAAGAUAGAUUGCAUAGCCUUCUGCUUGGAACAUGCUCGGGUAUUUCCCCAUAGGAACAGAGAUUCUUGUUCUGGGCCCAAGGACUCCUGCCCCUACUCCAUCUGGGGUCCUCGAGCCAUCUGUGUACCAGUGCAGUAUGCACUUCUGGAGUAA